AUGAAAAUAAUACUUCUCCUAUUCAUUUCUGUGCUUUCGAAGCUCUACUUGCCCAUCCGCAGUAUAGAAAAACAGCUAGGAUCUGAGCAGAACGACACAGUAGUGGCUGUUUCUAACUACCAAAAUGUAAAGUUUACUCAGAUUGCCUAUACUGUCCAAGUAUCGAUUGGGACCCCUGGCCAGAUUUUUGAGCUCCUUCUUGAUACAGCCAGCUCUGUAAAUUUAAUAUAGGAUAUUUGGGUUGUUGAUCAUGCAUGCUUGAAUUGCAAUAAGCCUUUAAAUGUCUUCUAUCCUUCACAGUCGACGACGUUUUCUGAUAAAUUAAACCCAAUCCACAUUGACGUAAUCAUUAUGUAGCCUCAAUUCAGUGGUGCUGAAGCCCUUUUAAGCACAGAUAAUGUUGAAAUUCAAGAGCUCACUGUAACUGGUCAGACUUUUGCACUCGUUGUCUCAGAUUUAGCCUAUCAGGGUGCGAACUGGGAUGGAGUCCUAGGUCUCGGCUUCAACAACACCUCCUCCAGCAACUUGAUACAAAAUUUAUACAACCAAGGUCUGAUAGAGCAGCCUUUGUUUUCGUUGUAUUUGAACAACGAUGAAGACGAUGACUCUCCAAACUCUGCGCUAGUUCUUGGCGGAGUCGAUGAAGAGUUUUACGAAAGUGGAACAUUUACUUAUUUCCCUCUCUUGGGUGACCAAAACAUCUGGUCAGUUUAUCUUUCGUCCGUUGAGGUUGCCUCUCUACCUAUUUCGUUUGGCGGCGAAGUGUUGUUUGAUAUAGGAACUUCUCUUAUUUUUGCUCCAGAGACUGAUUAUCACGCCAUAAGUGAAAUUUUCAGACUUAAUUAUGGCUGUAUAGAAGGAGACCAAGUCCUCUGUCCCUGCUCAGACUUCAGUAAUUAUCCAAAUAUCACAUUUAAAUUGGGUUCUUCCUCAAGCUAUAGCAUCCCUCCUGAAGCUUAUUUCACCCAAAACUCAACUACUGGGUCGUGCGUUCUUUUGCUUGGACAAUCAUCGACUUCAGCACCUAUUUGGGUUUUAGGGACUGUCUUCUUAAGAGAGUACUAUACAACUUUCAGCAUGCAGACUGACUAUAAUGCAGCUCAAAUUGGGUUGGCUCAAUUAAAAGUAUCUCAUCAUAGAAGACACCAUAGUGGAGGUUCAACAUCAUCUGAUGAUGAUGACUUGCUUGGACUUAAAAUUGGGCUUCCUAUAGGAGGAGUCAUAGCUAUAGGAGCUGCUGGAACUGUAAUUUGCUGCUGCAUUUUGAAAAGAAGAAAAGCUAAAAAGGCAAAAGAAAAUAAGGACAAUCAGCAAAAACUGAUUAUCUAUGUAGGAGGAGAUGUUCAAAGACCUCCUGAAGUUCCUAGCUUCAUUGAGAGUGUUGAUGAGCAUUAUCAAGAAGUAAAGCCAAUAGUGGUUGUAAACGACCCUGAUAAGAAUACUCAAACGGUAUUCUACCCUUAUUUACCACCAGUAGCAGAUAGCUAA